AUGUCGGGCUUGAGACUGGGUGACCACGUGUGGCUGAACUUCACCUCUGCUGACAAGACCAGCGUGCCCAUCGGGGGCGUCAUCAAAGAGACAAAGCCUGGCAAGAUCUUGGUUGAAGAUGAUGACUACAAGGAACACUGGAUCCGAGCAGAGGACCUUGGCACUCUCAGCCCCAUGCACCCCAACUCUGCUCAGGGCGUGGAUGACAUGAUCCUCCUGGGGGAUCUGAACGAGGCGGGCAUGGUGCACAACCUCCUGAUCCGCUACCGGCAGCACAAGAUCUACACGUACACAGGCUCCAUCCUUGUGGCCGUGAACCCGUACCAGGCGCUGCCCCUCUACACCGUGGAGCAGGUGCAGCUGUACUACAAGCGCCACGUGGGCGAGCUGCCACCGCACAUCUUUGCCAUCGCAAACAACUGCUACUUCAACAUGAAGCAGCACAAGAUGGACCAGUGCUGCAUUAUCAGUGGCGAGUCUGGAGCAGGGAAAACAGAGACCACCAAGCUCAUUCUGCAGUUCCUGGCCACCAUCAGCAGCCAGCAUUCGUGGAUUGAGCAGCAGGUCCUGGAGGCCAACCCCAUCCUGGAAGCCUUCGGAAAUGCCAAGACGAUCCGAAACGACAACUCAAGCCGCUUUGGGAAGUACAUCGACAUCUACUUCAACUCCAGUGGGGUGAUUGAGGGGGCGUGCAUCGAGCAAUUUCUCCUGGAGAAAUCCCGGGUCUGCCGGCAGGCCCCGGAGGAGCGGAACUACCACAUCUUCUACGGCAUGCUCAUGGGCAUGAGCGCAGAGGAGAAGGACCUGCUGUGCCUGGGCGCGCCCUCCGAGUACCACUACCUGACCAUGGGGAACUGUACCUCCUGUGAGGGGCUCAAUGACGCCAAGGACUAUGCCCACGUCCGCUCAGCCAUGAAGAUCCUCAUGUUCUCCGACUCCGAGAACUGGGACCUCAGCAAGCUGCUGGCCGCCAUUCUCCACCUGGGGAAUGUGGAGUUCAUGGCUACGGUCUUCGAGAACCUGGACUCCUCUGAUGUGAUGGAGACGCCCGCCUUUCCCACCGUGAUGAAGUUACUGGAGGUGAAGGACCAGGAACUCCGAGACUGUCUGAUCAAACACUCCAUCAUCAUCCGUGGGGAGUUUGUCACCAGGCCCCUGAACAUCUCCCAGGCUGCAGACCGGAGGGAUGCCUUCGUCAAGGGCAUCUAUGGGCACCUCUUCCUGUGGAUUCUCAAGAAAAUCAACGCCGCAAUUUUCACCCCACCUGCUCAGGACCCCAAAAACGUGCGAAGGACCAUCGGCCUCCUGGACAUAUUUGGUUUUGAAAAUUUCCAGAAAAAUAGCUUCGAGCAGCUCUGCAUCAACCUGGCUAACGAGCACCUGCAGCAGCUCUUCGUGCAGCACGUGUUCACCAUGGAGCAGGAAGAAUACCGCACCGAGUGCAUCCCCUGGGACUACAUCUGCUACAACGACAACCUGCCCACGCUGGACCUGCUGGCCCUCAAGCCCUUGAGCAUCAUCUCCCUCCUGGACGAAGAGAGCCGCUUCCCACAGGGGACAGACAUCACCUUGCUGCAAAAACUGAAGAACAUCCAUGCCAACAACAAGGUCUUCCUGCAGCCCAAGAACAUCCACGAUGCCCGAUUUGGCAUCGCCCACUUUGCCGGCGAGGUGUACUACCAGGCAGAAGGCUUCCUGGAGAAGAAUCGGGACGUGCUGAGCACGGACAUCCUUGCCCUGGUCCACUCCUCCCGGAACGAGUUCCUGCGGGAGAUAUUCGGGCUGCAGUCCUCGGAGCACAAGCGGGGCCGAGGGACCAUCGUCCAGGUGACGGCAGGCAGCCAGCUCUUCAAGUCUGCAGACUCCAGCAAGCGGCCCUCCACCUUGGCGGGCCAGUUCAAGCAGUCCCUGGACCAGCUGAUGAAAAUCCUGACCAACCGCCAGCCCUACUUCAUCCGCUGCAUCAAACCCAAUGAGUUCAAGAAGCCACUGCUCUUCAACCGGGAGCUAUGCAUCUGGCAGCUGCGCUACUCAGGCAUGAUGGAGACGGUGCACAUCCGCAAGUCCGGAUUCCCCAUCCGCUACUCGUUCGAGGAGUUCUCGCAGAGGUUCCGCGUCCUGCUGCCCAGCGCCGCGCGCAGGGAGCUUCGGGGCAAGUUUCGCCAGAUGACCCUGCGCAUCGCCGAAAGCAGGCUGGGAACAGACAAAGACUGGAAAAUGGGAAAGACCAAAAUUUUCCUGAAGGAAAACCAGGAAACCCUGCUGGCGGUACAGAGGAGCCAGGCCCUGGACAAGGCUGCAGUCAGCAUCCAGAGAGUCCUGCGGGGCUACAGAUACAGGAAGGAGUUCCUGAGGCAGAGGCGGGCAGCUGUGACCCUCCAGGCCUGGUGGAGAGGCAACUACAGCCGGAGGAACUUCAAGCUGAUCCUCCUGGGUUUUGAGCGUCUGCAGGCCAUUGCCCGGAGCCACCUGCUGGCAAAGCAGUACCAGGACAUGCGGCAGAGGAUUGUCCAGCUGCAAGCCCUCUGCAGGGGCUACCUGGUGCGCCAGCAGGUCCAGGCCAAGAGGAGGGCAGUGGUGGUCAUCCAGGCAUAUGCCAGGGGCGCAGCUGUCCGGCGGAACUUCCGGCGGCAGAAAGCCAAUGAGUCUCUGGUCAUCCCUGCUGCAGAGCAGAAAAGCCCAAGCGCUGUCCCCCGCAGGAAGCGUAAGUCCAUCUACGACACUGUCACCGACACGGAGAUGGUGGAACAGGUGUUCGGCUUCCUGCCUUCCCUGAUGGGCGGGCAGGAAGGCCAGGCCACACCGCACGUCGAGGAUCUGGAAGAGAGGACCCAGCAGCUACCCGAGGUUGACCUGGACACGGUCCCCAUGAUGGAGGAGCCCGAGGAGGACGCAGACGGCCUGGCCGAGUACACCUUCCCCAAGUUCGCCAUGACCUACUUUCAGAAAUCAGCCAGCCACACACACAUCCGGCGGCCCCUCCGAUACCCUCUGCUUUACCACGAGGAGGAUGCCGACUGCUCGGCCGCCCUGGCUGUGUGGAACAUCAUCCUGAGGUUCAUGGGUGACAUCCCGGAGCCCGUGCUCUUUGCCAGGAACACCCUGCGUGGUGGCUCGGUGAUGCCGCAGACCCAUGACACCCCGGGCAGGGAGAGCGGUGCCCAGCCUCCGGCACACGGCGGAUCCACACAGGUGGCCAGCCAGCUGAAUAUCAGGGAAGAGGCAUUUGAUCCUGACGAACCCAUCUCAGACCGACCCAUGUCCAAUCUGGAGAAGGUGCAGUUCAUUGUGGGUUAUGCCAUCCUGCGGCCCAGCCUCAGGGACGAGAUUUACUGCCAGAUCUGCAAGCAGCUCUCGGAGAACUACAAAACAAGCAGCCUGGCCCGGGGCUGGAUCCUGCUUGGCCUGUGCCUGGGCUGCUUCCCGCCCUCCGAAAGGUUCAUGAAGUAUCUGCUGAACUUCAUUGGUCAAGGGCCAGUCGGCUACGGGCCCUUCUGUGCUGAGCGCCUGAGACGCACCUGUGCCAACGGGGUGCGCACGGAGCCGCCCUCCUGGCUGGAGCUGCAGGCUGUCAAGUCCAAGAAGCGCGUCCCGAUCCAUGUGACCUUGGCGACUGGAGAGAGCCUGACCGUCUCGGUGGACUCAGCCUCGACGUCUCGGGAAGUCUGCCUGCACAUCGCCCACAAGCAGGGCCUCAGCGACCACGUGGGCUUUUCCCUGCAGGUUGCCGUGUACGACAAGUUCUGGUCCCUGGGCAGCGGGCGCGACCACGUGAUGGACGCCGUGGCCCAGUGUGAGCAGCUGGCCCGGGAGAGGGGCGAGAGCGAGCGCCAGACGCCCUGGCGCCUCUACUUCCGGAAGGAGUUCUUCACCCCGUGGCAUGACUCCCGGGAGGACCCGGUCAGCACCCGCCUCAUUUACCACCAAGUCCUCCACGGAGUCCGGUCCGGCGAGUACAGCUUCGAGAAGGAGAAAGAGCUGGUGCAACUGCUGGCCCAGUGCUGCGCCGUGCAGCUCGGCGCCUCGGUGAGGAGCCAGGCCGUCCAGGAGCUGCUGCCCAGCUGUGUCCCCCCCAAGCUCUACAGGACCAAGCCCCCAGAGAAGUGGGCCAGCCUGGUCACCGCCGCCCUCGCCGAGGCCCCAUACACCCAGAAGCAGACCACGCCGCUGGCCGUGCAAGAGCAGGUGGUGAACACCGCCUGCCUGAAGUGGCCGCUGCUCUUCUCCCGGCUAUUUGAAGUCACCACACUCUCAGGCCCCCGACUGCCCAAGACUCAGCUGAUCUUGGCUGUUAACUGGAAGGGGCUGUACUUCCUGGACCAGAAGGAGAAGAUGCUCCUAGAACUCUCUUUCCUGGAGGUCACAAGCCUGAUCACCAACAGGGAGGCCCAGGGUGGGCAGAGGCUGGUGCUCGUGACGCUGCACGAAGAGGAGUUCAAGUUCAGGUCCUCCAGCAGCGUGGCCAUCGCCGAGCUGGUGGCCAUGUUUCUGGAGGGCUUGAAGGAGAGGUCCGUGUUCGCCAUGGCCCUGCAGGACAGGAAGGCCACAGAGGAUGCCGCCCUCCUGCCCUUCAAGAAGGGGGACUUGCUGAUCCUGACAGAGAAGCAGGGGCUGCUGACCUCUGAGAACUGGACCCUGGCCCAGAAUGACAGGACCAAGAAGACGGGGCUGGUGCCCACGGCCUGCGUCUACACCAUCCCAACGGUCACCAAGCCCUCGGCAGAGCUGCUGAGCUUGCUGGCCAUGCCACCAGAGAAGCGGAAGCUGGCAGCCCAGGAGGGGCGGCCCGCAGAGCCGGCCCCCGAGGAGCAGCCUGAGGAGAAGCUGCACACCUUGGAGGAAUUCUCCUAUGAGUUUUUUAGGGUCCCGGAGAAGGAGACGGUCAGCAGAGCCGUGCUGCCCCUGGCCCGGCCCCGGGGCCGCCUGUGGGCCCACUCAGCCGAGCCGCUGCGGCAGCCUCUGCUCCGGCGUGUCCACGCCGACGCCGAGCUGCGGGAUGUCGCCUGUCGGAUCUUCAUCGCCGUCCUCAGGUACAUGGGCGACUACCCCUCUCGGAAGGCCUGGACCUCCCUGGAGCUCACCGACCAGAUCUUCUCGGCGGCCCUGCAGGAGGCGGCCCUGCAGGACGAGGUUUACUGCCAGAUCCUGAAGCAGCUGACGCACAACACCAACAGGCACAGCGAGGAGCGGGGCUGGCAGCUGCUGUGGCUCUGCACCGGCCUCUUCCCGCCUGGCAAGGCGCUGCUGCCCCACGCCCAGAAAUUCAUAGACACGCGGAGAAGGAAGGUGCUGGCCCCCGACUGCAGCCGCCGCAUCCAGAGGGUCCUGAGGACGGGGCCCCGGAAGCAGCCCCCGCACCAGGUGGAGGUGGAGGCCAUGGAGCAGAACGUCUCCCGCAUGUGCCACAAGAUCUGCUUGCCCAACAACACGAGCGAGAUGGUGGAGGUGGGCACCAACACCCGGGUGCGGGAGGUGUGCGACAGCAUCGCCGCCCGGCUACAGCUCGCCUCCUGGGAGGGCUGCAGCCUCUUCAUCAAGAUCGCGGACAAGGUCAUCAGCCAGAAGGAGGGAGACUUCUUCUUUGACUCCUUGAGGCAGGUGGCCGACUGGGUGAAGAAGAACAAGCCCCAGAAGGAAGGGGCCGCUGUGACGCUCUCCUACCAGGUGUACUUCAUGCGGAAACUGUGGCUCAGCGUGGCCCCAGGGAGAGAUGUGAAGGCAGACACCAUACUCCAUUACCAUCAGGAGCUGCCCAAGUACCUGCGUGGGUUCCACAAGUGCUCACAGGAGGAUGCCGUCCACCUGGCAGGCCUCAUCUACAAGGCCCAGUUUGGCAAUGACCGGUCUCAGCUAGCUAGCAUGCCCAAGGUCCUGAGGGAACUCGUGCCUGAGAACCUCACACGUCUGAUGUCCUCAGAGGAAUGGAAGAAGCGCAUCCUCCUGGCCUGUGACAAGCGCAGGGACAUGACAGUGGAGGAGGCCAAGGUGGCCUUCCUGAAGUGGAUCUGCCGGUGGCCCACCUUCGGGUCUGCCUUCUUCGAGGUGAAGCAAACCUCGGAGCCCUCCUACCCGGACAUCAUCCUCAUCGCCAUCAACCGGCACGGGGUUCUGCUCAUCCACCCCAAGACCAAGGACCUGCUCACCACCUACCCCUUCACCAAGAUUGCCAGCUGGAGCAGCGGCAGUACUUACUUCCACAUGGUGCUGGGGAGCCUGGGCCGGGGCAGCCGCCUGCUGUGUGAGACCUCUCUGGGCUACAAGAUGGACGACCUGCUGACCUCGUACGUGCAGCAGCUGCUGAGCACCGUGAACAAGCAGCGGGAGCCCCGGACCUCAGUCCCGGCCAGUCCCUAGCAGCGUGGCCUCGUGCCCAUUCAGCCUCCCUCCGCAAUCGGG